AUGAAGCAUUGGAGGGAGCUUCAUAUCAGUCAGGUAUCGGGCUUACUGUUGAUGCUGAUGUCGAGCACUUCCCAGAAGCAGUGCCUCAAGGAAACUGCAAACCUGUGCCUGCAGGGGAAAUGCUACCUUCAUUUCAUUGACUUGGAGACAACUGACUUGAUGCGUGGAGGGAAAUAUCCACAUAUCACACAAAUUGCUGCAUCAGUCGUGGGAUCGGUGUCAGAGUUUUCUGCUUACGUUUACCCAAAGGUGCCAAUUGCUUCCACUGCACAGCAGAUAGCCGGGAUAAUUGUCAACAAUAGUGGGACAACGACAGUCCAUGGUCAACAGGUUCAUGCAGAAGAUCUUUCUUCUUCCAUUGAUAAAUUCUGCAAAUGGCUAAAGAGAUAUGCUAGUGUGUAUUUGAUUGCCCACAAUGGACGAAAAUUUGAUUUUCCGAUAUUAAUGAAUGCAAUGAUGAACAUAAAAAGCGAGGCAGAAUUUUUAGACUGUGUGAUAGGAUGUAUAGACAGUCUCAGUAUAUUUAAGAAGGCCUUCACUUCCCAGUCGUACAAGCAAGAAGAAUUGUCCAGGACAAUCUUAAACACCCCAUGUGAUGCCCACAAUGCUAUGGAGGUUGUGAAGGUCCUAGGAAAGCUGAUUUUCCACACAAAAUGUGUAUUCAGAGUUUCCAACCAGCUGCUGUUAUCAAUCAAAUAA